AUGGGCCGGAAGAUAUUGGGUUGUGACCCCAUCGCCAGAUUCGUGAUUCCCGGCAGUAAUGACCCGACAUGCGCUGAGUGCUGCAAGGUCACUGAAUAUGCUGUGGACCAUACGGUCUUGGAUUGCAUGGAAGGCGCGAGACCCCUCAAGAGUGUCCGGAUGAUGGGCUGCUAUUUAGAACCCCGCACGGUCGACGGGCACAUCAUGGACAAGAAAAUUCUCGAUUACACCAACUCGGGAUCCAGGAGUCCGGGGCCGGCGGCUUACUGCGUGAGGACCACGAUCGGACCACGAGCCACCGAUCCUUCGAUCGAAAAGAACCCCGCGUACUCGAUGCCGGGAAAGAAAUCCAAAAACGCGUGUGGGUUCGGCCCAGGACCGGCGUACAACACCGACGGACUUAGCCGUGUAGGUCUCCACCGAGUGCCGGGUGGCCCGUUCGGCCUGCGGGCGUUUGGCUCUGGAUUGGCCUGCACCCCCAGCCCCGCCGAAUACUGCCUUAAGUCAGGGCUUUUAAAAAUCGGCCAUCGGAUCGGACCAAGGCCUGGCGCGCGGGCCGGCGAUCGGUCCUGUGGACCAGCGCCGAACGCGUACUAUCCGUCAUGCCGGGACUGUGGGCUGAAAACGUCGCUUGGACAGCGGUUCAAGCAGCCCAAGGUGUGUCCGACGCCCGGCCCCGGACAGUACGAAUUACCGUCAGCCGAUCUGUAUCUGCCUGGCCGGUUCUCGACCGGAAAAACGAUUGGAAAGAGGUUUGCCAACGGCUGCAAGCAAGUGACGCCUGGCCCAGGCGCGUACGACGGCAAAGCCGUGAAAUGCUGCACCAAGUUCACGUUCGGUCAAAGGUAUCCGGACACGGUGCCCACAUUCAGCGUCAUUGCCGACAACCAACACUUCCGGUGUUGA